GCUAAGCCAACUAUAAAACGUUUUCCAAAUUUAUCAUAACAAAAAAUUGAAACCCAAACUUUCAGGCGAUGAGUUUUACAUUUAAAUUCUCAUUGUUACUUUUUUAUCAUAAUAUGUUUCAAUUAUUUUCUAAUUGUUAUUCAAGUUGAUGGUAUAAAUUAAAUAUUUAAAUGUAUUUUAAUAAACUGGGAUUCGUAUUUUUGAAUUUGGUCUUUUCAAGACAAACCUUUUUGCAGCCGCUUGUGGAAAUUAUCAGGUGUUGCAAGGAUAAAAAAAAUAUAUUUGGAGUCAGCAGAUGAGGUAGAAUGUUUUUGAUUGGAUUUAUAAAUCAUCAAGGGUCAAUUUAUUGUAAAACAUGACAAUGAGUCUAAAUUCAGAGACUGAGAUAGUAAAAUUUAGGUGGAACAUUGAUGAUGUGAUCGGAUAUCCAUCAUGGGUUCACUCGGAACACCAGUUCUAUUCAGCUGGUACAGGUCCAGUUGGUUUUGACAUCGGGUUACGUCUUGAUAUUCCUCGUAAGAGAUUACUGAAGCUACGAGUCCGAAAAGAUGACUUGAGACCAGUGAGGGCUAGUAUACAGAUUAAUCAAAUUCAUACACCACAAUACCUAGGAUUGUCUUAUGUCUAUUCCAGAGCACUUGAGAACGCUUCUAUUCCAUCUCCUUUUUAUUUCAAUAACAUAGAACCUUCGGUAACUUGUAUUGGAGCAAAAGAUAAAAAUAGAUGGGAGGAGUUUUUCAUGCUUGAUCUUACAGGCUAUAAAAAUGAACUGUUCAAGACAAUGCCUUAUGGUGAUAGUUAUUUUUAUUUAAAGAUGACGAUUGAGUGUGAGAUAACUUUCAAAGGUUUCAUCAAUGAUGAGCAUAAAGAAAUAUAUCCAAUAAAUUUUGAGCAAUGUUCCAAAGCAGAGGUUUUUAACGAGCCGAAAAAAAUUAUGCCAGUUACUUUUCAACGAUUUCUUAACAAGGAUACAUUCACCGAUGUCACCCUGAUAGUUGAAAAUCAAGAACUACCAGCACACAAAGUUAUUCUCUCAGCACACAGUCCGUAUUUUUACGCCAUGUUAACCACCAAUAUGAAAGAAGCCAUAGAAAAUCGUAUUACUAUUGAAAAUUUCUCCCUUGAUGUCAUUACCGAGAUGCUGGAAUUUUUCUACACCGGGAAAACAAAAGCAAGCAAUGAUGUCGAUGUUGCCUUAAAAACUAUUGAGGUGGCAGAGAUGUAUCAGAUCAGCGAGUUGAAGGAAAUUUGUGAGAGCACAUUAAUCAAAAAAAUGACCAUUAAUAAUGUUUUGUCUAUUGCAAGUGUUGCUGAUGAUUUAAAUGUAACUCGGUUACGUCAUAAAGCGAUUAAUUUUAUGCUUGCCAACAAAAAAAAAGUUGUGAACUUUUCUGAGUUCAAGGAUUUGUUCCAAAGUAACCCUUUGUUGAUGUUUGAGUUUACGCGCGCUAUUGGACAACUGUGUCAUUGUUUUUUGCAACAAUAAAAUUAAUUUUAAAUUUGUGUACUGCGUUUUUCGAAAUAUUUUUUAACUGAUGAAUCAUUGUCUUAUCAUUUUUUAUAAAUUCAGUAAA